GUGCUUGUAAUCCAGGUGGCGCAGCGGCGCAUUUGUUUAUCUUCUGUUUGCAUCUGCGUCUGCUACGGUGUCUGUGGUUCCCGCUGGCCUGUGCUUGCGCCGGUGAGAGUUCUUAACGCGUGGCAAUGAAUACGUGCUCACAUUGUAGCUAACUUUUCUCCGCUACUUGUACAUUGCGCGGCAUCCUGCCUUCGUAGGCUGUUGUUUCGACGAUGGCUUGCAGCGUCGCAAAUUCAAGAUGCUUGAGACCGCUCUUGAUGUCCCGCUUUACGGCAGCGCUAUUUGCAGAACGGCGAUUACACCACAACGGUCUUGUAGCGUUGCCAAAGUCACUUCUCCUGUUGACAAGCGCCGAUCGUAAUGAGAAGGCCUUGACUCGCCGGAUAACAAACCUAACCCAUGGCGAUCGCUACAGAAAAGGCGGCAUCGGGACACCGAACUACGACGUUAUUACGGUACCGGGCAACGUCAGUCCCAUGCAGUAUGUUCCUGACAGCAUCGCCAAGCCGAGCUACGCCGACAGCGGUAUAGUGGUCGGAGUGCCCAAAGAAUUGGAAAUCAAGACCGAAGAACAGGUUGCCCGUAUGCGAGAAUCGUGUCGGCUUGCUAAGAUGAUCCUCAGCCGGGUAUCCAAGCAAGUCAAGGCAGGUGUAACCACAGAUGAGCUCGACAGGUAUGCCCACAAGCUUUGCAUCGAGAACAAUGCCUAUCCCUCGCCGCUCAACUACCGCUGGUUCCCGAAGUCUGUGUGCACCUCGGUGAACAACGUAGCCUGCCACGGAAUCCCAGAUGACAGGCCAUUGCGUGAUGGGGACAUUAUCAGUAUUGAUGUCAGUGUGUUCUAUAAUGGCUACCACGGAGACUGUGCCGAAACAUUAAUGGUCGGCCACUCUUUGGACGAGAGGGGCAAGGCAUUGGUACAGACAGCGCGUGAAUGCCUGGAUAGGGCCAUCAGCAUCUGUGGUCCUGGCCAGAAGCUCAGUGAAAUUGGCCGAGUCAUCAGCAUUGUGGCAGCCCAGGCGGGCUUCACAGUUGUGCCUGCUUUCUGUGGCCAUGGCAUCGGUACCUAUUUUCAUGGACCACCCGACAUCUACCACUUUGACAACGAUGAAAAAGGAGAAAUGGUUGAAGGGCUUGUGUUCACAAUAGAGCCAGUGAUCACAGAAGGAAGCCCUGACAUUGCCAUCAUGGAAGAUGGCUGGACAACCGUCACUGUUGACAACAGCCGGACUGCACAGUUUGAGCACACUGUAUAUAUCUGUAAUGAAGGUGUCGAAGUUUUGACUGUUCUCUGAUAGGUUCAGGAAUAGCAUGUGUUUGUGCAGGAUGUUUUGAGACAUAGCACUCAGAGCUCAGCCCUGUGGCUGUGAAGAAAACAAGCCAGCACAUAGGUAGGUCCUGUAAGGUGCUGCAUGUCACAAAGUUGGGUUCGGGUUGUCAGUUAUAAUCUACCAAAAGCACCAUGAGGAAGUGCUUGCAGCUUGGUGGUUCUUAAAAACAUCUUUAGUUCAUGCUGAAGUUGAACUCUGCAGACCUUUAACAUCUAGUUGCAGUUUGUGUCUGUAUAGUACUGGUAGAAAAUACUGAUACUUGCUAGUUCAGAUAACUAGAUUGUGUGCUGGGCACUCUGAACAUUUUCACUGGUUUCAAUUCGGUCGCUGGCUGCUGGCAAUUAGUGCUAUGGCUGCCAUUCAAGAAUGUAGCUCAGAUCAGUUAUAGCUGCGAAAUUUUGACAUGAAGACUUGGGAACGCAGCUGAGCCAUGACCUCACAUUUGAGACCGUCUCCGAGCUUCAUUGCUAUGGGACUUAUACAACCCGUUUCAGCCUCCAAGCGUAGGCUUACAAAGCUUUGGGGCCCAGCCCUGUUAAAAGACAAGCGGUUCUGUAGUAAAGAACAAUGGGCUAGUGUGAAGCACCAACCUGACUGUGCUCAAAUGAUCUCAUUUACAUUGGGUAUUGUCAAGUGGAUGCAGGGUUGUCCAUUGUAGAUAUUUAUUGCACCUUGGAACUCUCAUAAAUGUUAGAUACAAUGAAAGCACAAGUGGUAGUCGAACAACCCCAAAGUUGCCAGCUUGUUACUUAGAGAAGAACAGUAGUAACUGUAUUGUUAGUGGGCACACUACAGAAAGUGGACACUGCUGCUGUCAGUAGUUACUGUGUGGGUAAUGACGUUAUUGAAGUUGUAGUCAAAAGUUCUACAAAUAAUCGUAUGUUAGGAAGGCAAAUGAUUUUGGUCACUGACCAAGUAUAAAAAUUAGUUGAUGGAGUGGAAUCCAUACACUUUUCUCGUGAACAAGAAACCUGUAUAAGUUACAUAACUUUUAGUACCCUUACUCCAGCUUCAACUAACUACAGGCUUGGUCUGUGACUUUAAUUGUUUGUUUUUCUGACUGCAUUACACCACGUUGAUGUUUUGUGCACCUUUAAUGGGCACUGCUGGCAGAAGGAACAACUUCCACAAACAGCUUCAGAAAUUAUUGAGCAUAAUGCUACGUUUUGUAUCUGUUGGUCUCUAUAAUAAUGACAAAAGCUCAACAACAUUACUGUGGAACACUUCAGUCAUGCUUUUGAUCAGUACAUGUGAGGCAACCUGUAAUCUGCAAAGUGAGGCGACCUGUAAUCCAUAUUAACUGACAACCCCUAUCUAAUUGACAGUAUGGUUAGCUUUGGGUAAGUUCUUACCUUCUCACGCCAGGAAAUGUCAAGGCACUAUAAAAUUUCAAAUGGUAGAACUUACCAAGAAAAUUACAAAUUUUCUACAUGAACCUUGUUAAUAAUUAUUUUCACGGGGUAAGUAAGCAACACCCUCUCUAGGCACAUUUCUUUUUUCAACCACAAUAGUCACAAGUUACUACAUUUAAGUCAUAUGUACAGUUACAUGGUAUUGCCAUUGGGACAAAACAAUCCACAUUGUUGACAUCAAAAUUCCUAAGUGGAUCAUAGUCCAACCACCGAUAGUGGUCCCUGCAACAGUAAACACAGAAAUGUUGUAUUUGAUGGUUUUUCAUGAAAAAGAGAGACAUAAUGGGUACUCCUUGCCAGACAGUCACGCAUCAUUUGUUGGAUCAUAGACACGGAGAAUUACCAAUAAUAUCACAUGAGCAUAAACUGAUAAUAAUUUGUUUUUGUCUUUAUAAAUAGUGGUUUUAGAUGCUUUCUGUAAUGAAACUUGGAGUGUUCACACUAUUAUGGUGGUUUAUACACAUUCUUUUCUCUUCUUUGGCGUACUUGCAUUUAGAGCACUUGCUUUUGACUCGUUAAACUGAUGAAUGCUUAAGCUGGUGUUACUUUGCUUAAGUGAGUGAUGUUUUACUGACCCAGUGACAUUUUCCUUUUUUUCAGUACAUACUGCAUUUAGAUUUGAGUUUGUUGUUUUGUGCUUUGCUCUCACUUUUCUACACUGAAUUAUUGUCCUCAACCCUCAGGCAUCAUCUGUUUGUCCUUAAGGAUAGGAGUAUAUUUGCUUGAAAAGGAUGAUAUCACUGUCACAUCUUUCUUUGCCCUGUUUCCUACUUGAACUUCUCAUCUACUUAAAAAAUUGCCCACAAUCCCCAUGAUCUCCGUACAAUAAUUACAUAUUGCUGUGCAUGAGUUGUGUUACUUUUCGUCAGUAUUUUUGCUUUCACCUAAGUGUCACUGUUACCACUGCUACCACUGUUAUCACUCUCACAAUUGAUGUGCUUGCUGUGCCGGAAACAUUCCCUGUCAAAAAAAGCGGACUCCAAUUGGGAAAUUUCCAAUCGUAAAUUAGUACAUAACUGGACCAAUUGAACCAACUGGAAUGUGACCAAUUGGUUUUUGUUGGAGUGACCAAUUGUACCCAAUUACCCAAUUGGUUUAAACCAAUUGGUUGGAAUGACCAAUUGCACCAGUGGGCGAUACCAAUACACAUAUCUACCCCGCAAAGCAAACCUAAAUAGGAUUCCAGCUGUCAAAAACAGGUUUGCUAUAGCUUUAGUACUGCAUGCAUAUAUAGCUAUAACUCAUUCCAGUUUCCUUGAAUGGGUUCAUAAACUGAAAUUAUGAUUUCCUAGUUGGUUACGUUCUAGCUAGUUUAUUCCUAUUGGUAGUCCAAUUAGACUUAGUUGGGAAUGUAAGGUGGGCCUAGCUGGUUCUAACUGGCAAGUCCAAUUGGACUCAAUUGGUUGCAUCCCUGACAUUCGUAACCAAUUGGAGGUAAGGAUUUCCCAAAUGGACCCGGUUGAUUCCAAUUGGCAAGUCCAGUUGGACUCAUUUGGUUUCACUUUGACUCCAUCGUAACCAGUUGGAACUAGGGAUUUUCCAAUCGGUUCCAACUGGGUCCAGUUAAUCUCAAUUGGCAACUCCAAUUGGUUUCUCAUCUGACCCAAUCGUAACCAGUUGGAAGUAAGGAUUUUCCAAUUGGGUUCCUAUUGGUCCCAAUGUUGGUCCUAUCGUUGUUCCUAUUGGUCCCAGAUUCCUAUUGGAAAAGCUAAUUGGAGUCAAUUUUUUUUUUUUGACUGGGUUGUGAAUGUUGUCGUCACAUCAGUAGUGAACGGGGCCCGUUAUAUUCAGAUUGCACGCAUAUUGUGUGCAUAUCCCUGAACUGAGUGAGCAACAUUGACUUCUCUAGAAUGUAUAAUAAUGCAUCCGCAGUGACCUGCAUUUUUCCCUUAAAGACAUUAAAAAAAAAGAUUUUGCACUUGCCGCUGUUUUGAUUUUGCUUAGAUUUCACAACAGCAAUAUCACAUUUUAUAGUCCGGAUCGUUCAGUUCAGUACUUGACGCUUGUGCUUGCCUGGUUUGUCAAGAAAAAUAAUGUGAUGCCACCUUUGGCUUGACCAUUUGUCUGAACCCCCCAUUAUAAGUGGUGUCAUUCAAAACACGGAAGCUAUGCUAUUGCCAGAAAUUCAGUGUAUUUAUUUUUAAAAAAAGCAAGUGUUAUAUUGUUGGACGCAGACUAUAAAAUGCGAUUUUAUUGUGAUAUUUGCACAGGUACAAAGCAACAGUCAAUGUGAAGUCUUGUUCUUUUUUUUUACGUUUUAAAGAAAAAACACAGGUGACUGUGUAAAUAACAUAGACACGAACAGUGUGAUUUGACUCCACGAUGAUUGACGGUGCCCGCCUCUGGUAUUGCGACCUGUAUUACUUUCAUUCCUGGGGUCAAUUUUGGCUAGCAUGUGUGCCUGUGCACUGUCACUGUUUCUUAACGAUGUUAUCAUAUGGAAGCAUAGAUUUUCAUACAGAAUCUGUAUGAUACUAUGUGAUUAUUGAAUAUGGAGGUUAUAAAGCACAGGUUCCCUUCUUUUUUUUAUGGGGUCUUGAUCAAAACCUUAUUGCUACAUUGUCCUCAACAUAGGACACUCCACUUGAGGGGUUUCAGGUUUAUGUUAAUAUUACUAUGUGCUUAACUGUUUCAUUAUCACGCCUAUUCAAAUUGAUCACCAGUGCGGAUUUACAUUGCGGAUUUUAGUAUGUCAAUACUGUUUUUUGGAUAUGUAGCACUAUCCAGUAGGUAGAACAGGAAAGAGGCUUUCAGGAUCAGUUGGGGUUUUGUUUCCACAACAGAAAUGUGAUUUUUCAUACAAUAUUUUGGCAAUCUGAGGCACGAAAUUUUUUUUUUUUUUUUCGCUGUUUCUAAAGCAGAAUGCAUGCAGCUUGUUAUUACGGUGCAUCAACAUCAAAUCUUUGUGAUCAGAGUCCAAGGAGGACAUUAAAUCGUCAGAGUUACACUCUCACAGAACUUAAGGGUCAUAAUUAAAACAAAAUGUUGGCAACUGCCAGCUGCUAAGUCAAGGUUACGACUCUGAGUCGUUUUAUUUCUCUGAAGUGAACUUCAAAAGGUUGGUCGCAUGUCUAACAUACAGAAAUUGGUAUUUUCAUGAUGUUUAGAACAGUUGAGUGAAAGUUUCAGAACAUUGGCCAGUUGUUGUUCAGGAUUGAGCUUGUCUAGCAACUGCUGGCGCACGACAGUGAAGUUUGCCAAGACCUUCCUGCUCGAAAACUAGUACCAUAACUCCAGCACCAACAUGCAUGUGCAGAAGAGAGCGAAGUCGAACAAAAAAUGCAAACUCUUGCUGCCAGAAAUGCACAGUCUUCCUUUGCAGGAGUGUGCUGAACUGGGCUGGUUGGUGCAUGUUUAGAAGGGAAUUAAACGUUGCAAUUAAGAUAGGACGAAGUGGAAACACUCAGUGCUGUGCCUGUUGUCUUCACUUUGUCCCAUCUUUUGCGCUGUUUGAUUCCCUUCUAAAUAGUCUACCUUUGCCUCACGAAGUAGAGGAGCUGCUUCACUGCAUGGCAUAGGCACUGGACUUGCAUUUUUGUGUUUUAUGCACAAAGAACACUUGUGGGCAAAAUAAUGUUUUUAGAAAAUGGUUCUUGAAACAUUCAUAUGUGAAAUGUACAUAAUGAAUUUCUUUUGACUUCUUUUUGUAUAUAUAUAUAUAUAUAUAUAUAUAUAUAUAUAUAUAUUAGUCACAAAAAUGUCAGUUUUCGCAAAUUUUUUUUUAUUACAUAUUUUUUCAUGCAGCUGUAUGUAUUUGGAAACAUUGUGUAGUUUUCUGUAUUCUAUAAUGCUGCAUUAUAUGCUAAAGCAUUUCCUGUGAUGACAAAUAUUUAUUUCUGAGACCCCUAAAAAAUGGUCAAUUUACCCUGGUAACGAAACAGUUAUUUUUAGUGACCGACUCAUGUUGAAAGUAGCCGUAACUGAAGCUCCCGAAGAAAUCAGAAGGCACAUGUUGCUUUACUAAUCUGUUUGUCUUUCCUUAAAUUUUCUAAAAGUAUUAGAAGUACCUGGGCCACCGCAAGACGCAUACCAUCACAAUAUGGCGUACUUGGUUUUUACUCUGCCGUGAUCACUAAGUUUUGUUAGCUGUUAUGUCUUUUUCUCACAUUGUAAAGAAUGAAAGAAAAAAUUUAAUAGUACUAAUUGGAAGCUAUCUGAACAAGCCUGAGUAAGUGCAGUGGAAUCUCGUUUGAUACGAUUCUGCAUAAUACAUUUUUCAGGAUAAUACGUUUUUGUUCAUUUCCUAGCCAGUGUCUUAUAGGAGCAAUGUAUUUCGGAUAAUACGAUUUUUUGAUCAUACAUUUUAUUUUCUGGUUCUCAUGAAGAUCAUAUCAACGAGAUUCCACUGUAUUCCAUAUUGUUGAUGCUAUAGGAAUGUUUUGUGAAAGCAAAGCACAAUGAAAACAGCCUGCUAAGAACUGUACUCCUGUUACACUGCAUGUGUGGGGCUUCAGCUCAAUAAUCACUGUCUAGUCUUCCAGUAUGUCUUGUUGAGUCGAUUCUUGUUAUACCAACUCAUAUCCGACAUGAAAACGCCUUCAUUAUAUGUAUUUGUUAUAAACGUACAUUUCUUACAUGCUGAUAAUGGCACCAAACAUUUAAAAUUUACUUAUACUAUCUCAUAAUAGGUUCUACUGUAUUACAUUUCUGUUGAGUGGUGACACACAACAUUGUCAUAGAAGCGCAAAAGAUGUGACAGAAAGCAAAGCAGAUGACACAGACACCAGCAUAUAUUUUGAGAGAAACUGAAACAUAUAUCAUGUAACACAAUAACACAAUGUGGGUCAUUGGCCAUAUUGUACAUGAAACGCCUUUUCAAAACUUAAACAGUACAAAUUCAAAAACGGAUGACUAGGCUGGCUGGCAAAAGUUCUUAAUAUGGUGUUGCCAGGAAAACCGAUAAUGAACUAAUAACAAUAAGGAAAUUAGCAGUGCUUGUAUACUGUACAGCAACGGUGUUGUCUGUAUGUUUCUGUCGGUUUAUGGCACUGUCAUCACAGCAGUUACACACUAGCCAUCUAACCCAAGAAUGUACACUUGGUGAAUAAUGUAAGUGGAAAGUUGUUUUGUUUCUUCUCCCUCCGUGUAUUUUGAUUGCAACACAAGGAGAAGACAGUAGUUGUGUAUCUUAUACCUGUCGUCUAGUGUUACUGCAAUACAUCACUGUAUUGUUGAUAAGAAAUAGCAAACAGGGUUUCGUUUGCUUUUUGUUUUUAUGGUUUACCUGCUCACUGGCCAUGGUGUUGAGCAUGGGUUUGAUUCCCAGCCACUGCUGCUGCAUUUUGUUGGUGGUGGAUUGUGAACAUGCUGUUGUUCCAAGUAAUGAGCGCAUGUUGAAGAAAUCCAUGUGGUCAACAGUAAUCUGGAUGUUUCUUCUGUGUCGUAUAUGUUGGUUUUCAGAUGUUGAACCUAAUUAAUCAGUCAGCGUGUAUUGUUGAAGUUUGUUUGUCUACUAAACCAGUUGCACAUUAGUGAUGUUUAUAACAGCUACUUUAAUUUUGUUUUGCAGUAACAGUGGUGUUUACUAUAGAUUUUUCUAAACAUUUGCUGUGGAGACUUGUGAAGAAUUUGUACAUAUGUAAAAUAAAUGUACACAAUUGCCAUGU